AUGGCGGUCCUGGAGUUAGAUCGAGUCUGUUCAUGGAAAACAGAUGAUGUCAAAAUAUGGCUUGAGAGGAACAACUUUGAGCAGUAUGUGACGCUUCUGUGUGACCAUCAUAAGAUUGACGGAAAAGCUUUGCUGACUCUAUCUGAAAAUGAUUUGAAGUUGCCGCCGUUAUCAAUACAGGUUCUUGGCGAUAUCAAACGCUUGGCAAUUGCAAUUCACGAACUACGACAUUCGAAUCCUGUCAUACUGACACAGUGGAAAGGAUCAGGGGACGAACCACUGUUAUAUCAAGCACUCAACAAUGGAACUAAAGUCCGCAGGCGACAUCACAGAAGAGAGGCCAGUGAUUCGUCGGACCUCAACACUUAUGGCAGUGAAUUUAGCGAAGAUGAUAUGGAACGUUCAGAAAAUUCUCAUAGGCAGCUGAAACCUGAAGUAUGGAAAACAGCUGUUGGCAUGGUGUACUUUUUUAGUGUCACAUGGAUCACAGCCAUAGUGAUGGUCAUAGUUCAUGAUCGUGUGCCUGAUAUGCAAACGUAUCCACCUCUUCCAGAUAUCUUUUUGGACAACAUUCCCUAUAUGCCCUGGGCAUUUAGCAUGUGUGAGCUCACUGGCAUCAUCCUUUUCUUGAUUUGGAUGGCCAUUUUAUUCUUCCAUAAGCAUAGAUUUAUUCUUCUAAGGAGGAUGUUUUCAUUAUUUGGUUCUGUAUUUUUAUUACGAUGUAUAACGAUGAUCAUCACAUCUCUUUCUGUUCCUGGGAAGCAUUUGGAAUGCAAAGCAAGGUCUUAUGGAGCCUGGAGCGAUAAAAUUCGUACAGCUUUCUUCAUCUGGCUUGGUGGAGGUAUGUCCAUUCAAGGAGUGAGAACGUGUGGAGAUUAUAUGUUCAGUGGACAUACUGUUGCGCUAACACUUCUAAAUUUUUUCAUUACUGAAUAUACACCAAGAAGUAUGUACUAUUUGCAUACAUUCACGUGGGUUCUCAACAUCUUUGGUGUCUUUUUUAUUCUUGCUGGACAUGAGCACUAUUCAAUUGAUGUUUUUAUAGCAUUUUACAUAUCCACUCGCCUUUUCCUCUAUUACCACGCAUUAGCAAAUAACAGAGCAUUUGUUCGCGACGACAGAAGACGAACUCGAAUCUGGUUUCCCCUAUUUUAUUUCUUUGAGUCUGGGGUCGAAGGUCCCGUGCCAAAUGAAUACGAAUGGCCUGUUCGAAUCCCCCACAAAUUGCAGAGAAUUAUGUCUCAGUUGUUUGUUUAACAUUUGAUGCAAUAUUUAUCUUAUUAUGUAUUAUGAAACAUUUUUAAAAAGUUUAACCACACAAAGGUUUUGUCAUGAAGUUCGUAAAUUUGGAAAAUGAUUUUUUUAAGUUUAAUUUGUUAUAUACCAGUUUUGAAUUUUAAUUUCCAAAAUAAAUUCAUUUACUUCAAAUAAAGACCUUUUUUUUUUCUCUGUAUGAAUGUGUAUAAUCGGACCUCUAUUUAAGAAGAAAAUCAAGCAUUUAGUAAGCUCAUUAAAUAGAAAAUUUCCUGUACAAUACAAACUUUCACUUUAUAAUAGUUUUGGAGUAAAGAGUUAUUUUAAACAUUGCAUUGAAAACUUAUAAGCAUUACACAUGUGAAAAUUAUCAAUUUGGGUUAUCUUAAAUGAAUUAUAUCUAUUCCCUAUAAAUUUUCACUUUAAAAACAUUCAAAGGGAGAAAGAAAAUAAUAUUUCAGUCCAAAUUUGAACUUUUUAACCACGUUUGAAUUUUUUCUUCUAUAUUUCUAUUUUUAAAUACUGUCUAUUUGUCAGCUUAGAGCAAUAGCAAGGUAUCCUACUGUUGCUCUGAGGUGACGAUGUAUCCGCAGUAAAACCUUGGUACAACAGUAUGGUUAUUUUCUGAGGAGAUAUAUUUUUGAUUCAUAGGGGGGAAAAUAAUGGCAAGUUUGAUAAUAUUUAUAAAUAGUUUUUUCUAAAUAAGAUCAAACUUAAUUUUGUUCAAGUAAUUUUGAAAACAAGCUUAUAGUAUAAACUUUUCAGACCUAAACACUUAUUUAUUGAAUAAAAAGUGCCAUUAUUUUUGUUUGCUUAUUUGUUCGUUUAUUUAUUAUUUCUUUGUUUAAGGAUAGGACGCGAACUCUUUUAACCCUGGUAAAAAAUUGAAAAGGAUUUUUUUUUUAAUGAAUGACAUUCACAUGCCUAGAUGUGGAAUAAGCUUCUACAUACAAUACACUAAUAAACGGAAAAUCAAAAUUUUUGGCAUUACGUCAGUCUGGCUCUGAGGUACAGAAAUGGGGGGGGGGGGGUGCGAAAUUCCACACUAAAAAAUAAAAUCAAAUUUCCAAAAAAAGUUCUUCUUAAGUAAGGGUCCGACUAUUAUAUAUUUGAUUCAUGAAGAUUUAAAGUUUUUUUAUUUGAUUUCAUUUAUUUAUUUAUUGGUGGAUUUGUGUAUUUGUUUAAUUUAUUGUUGUUUUUUUUGUGUUAUUAUUAUUAUAAGAGAUAUAUAUACUACAGUGCAACACUUUUAAUAAAGCUACUUGGUUACAAAUUUGAUUAUUUAUUUAAUUAUAUUGCAUGAGACAUAAGCAAUACAAGAAGUAUUUCCCUCUUUGUGUAUUAUUAUUAUUUGAAAUUUAUUUCUUUACAAAUUUUAUGUUUAUGCUGCCACACAGGAAAAAAGCCCCUACACUGCUUUUUAUUAAUAUUUUCUCCUCAUCGCCUUUAUUUUUUUUCUCUGAAGUCAUGGUGAUUUUACAAAUUGAGACCUUUUGUGAAAAUCAUGUUUUAAUGGCUAAUACUUCACUCUGUUUUUAAAUAUUCUCUGGCUGAAGUUUAACCUGAGAUUACUCGCGCAGGGUAUGACAUACCCACUUCUUUGCUUUCAAUCAAUUUUCUCCCCACCUUUUUUUGGAAGUGGACGAUUCCUUGAGUAGCCGACCCAUAGGUCAUACAUAACCUUGAAGGGGUAGAAGCGGUGGGGACAUUCUAAAAUUAGUUUCUUUGGAAUUGACUUAUAUGGGUGUAUCAUACCCUGCACGAGUAUUUCUGCUACAGUUCUGAACUAAAGCAUAGGCAAUGCUUCCAAGAGACUUAAAAUUAAAACUAGGAUCUAGUGAAGACAUUGCAUCCCCUGCUAAAAAAAGCGAAGUCAACGUACAAAAGCUGUACUGAAAUCCCCAAUAUAAAACACAAAAACCAAAUUUGUGUGUGAAAAAUGUGACAGAAACAUUUGCAUUGAACAUAUGGCAUGCAUUUGCAAAAAAAUGUAGAAAUUGAAUGCAAGUCUUUUAAGAAAGUAUUUUAUAACUAUACUCUUUUCUCUUAUUUGCAUUUUCAACCUUUUUGAAAAAAAAAAAAAAUUAAACUCGAAAAUACUAAAAAACCUCCUCGGGUAUGAGAUACCUUGCGCAAGCACUCCCGUUCGUUUUGGUCAUGUGAGCAAUCUCCGGUUAAAUAUUUCUAUAUAUUUCUAGUCCCCUUUCCAUUAUCAAUAUCUACAUUAAUCUCAAAACUUUUUCCUGUUUAAAUCCACCAUUCUCUCUCUGCAAAGUUAAAAUACACUUCAGAGUGAUGCCUAAAUUCAUAUUCAUGUUUCUUGGAUAGCCACUGUAUUCUUAUAUUUCAUAAUGUGUUAAAUGGUUGUGAUAUUUGUAAUUUAUUUUUUUAUAUAUACGUAAAUUAUCCAUCUCAUGAGUCUAUGUUAUUUUUACAGAAAAGAUUUAUAGCAUUCUAUGAUGAUUCAUAGUGUCUUAGUUUAGUAGGAGCAGAUAGAGUUAGCGGUACUUAAUUUUUACAUCAAGCAAUUUUAAGCAAGUUACUGCACAAAUCUUAUUCAAUUUUCUAGCAAGGGUAGUAAUGGAAUAAAGAUGACAUUAAAUAAAUAUUAAAUAUUUUCUCACACAAGAAAGAAUUAAGUGGCUAUGAAUAUAAUUUAACCAGGCCCGUCAUUUAGGUGGUCAGUAGCUGACAAUUGGCCCUUUCUGGCUUUGAGAAAUCAAUAUAUUUCCAUUUAUGUAGCUGUGGUUUUGUUGUUUCGCAAUCCAAUAUGCAGAGUAUAUACACCCCCCCCCCCUGAAUAAUAUUGA